CCAUGCUCCUCAGGGCAAUAAAUACCAGUCUGGACUGCCCAGAAUGGAGUCCUCUGUUUUUCCAGUUGAGAAGCCUCCUAUUCCUCUCUAAUUACUCGUCAUUCAUGAAGCUCCUUCUUCUGGUUUUCACUGUUACCCUGCUCCUGGCCCAGGUCACCCCAGUCAUGAAGUGUUGGGGUAAGUCAGGCAGGUGCAGAACAAUGUGUAAAGAAAGUGAAGUAUACUAUAUAUUAUGCAACACUGAGGCUAAGUGCUGUGUGGAUCCCAAGUAUGUACCUGUAAAGCCAAAAUUAUCAAACACAAAUACAAGCCUGGAAUCAACUCCUGCAGUCUGACACCUCUCUUCCAACCUGGAGUCUCAGCAUCCUGGGAUCCCACAGCUCUAUUAAACCAUUCUUGGCA